AUGGCCAUCGCAGUAGCCGUCGUGCGCCCCCUUGUCACUGCUCAAUCCCUCGAAGAUGACAUGGCCACCGAUACCAUCACCACCGUCGCUUUGCCCGAUGUCAUGAAAGCCUCCAUCCGACCCGACAUCGUCAACUUCGUCCACGCCCAGAUCUCCAACAACAAGUGCCAACCCUACGCCGUGUCCAAGAAGGCUGGACACCAGACCUCCGCCGAGUCCUGGGGUACUGGACCCACCAUGUCCCGUAUCCCCCGUGUCCUUGGUGGUGGUACCCACCAUGCUGGUCAGGGAGCCUUCGGAAACAUGUGUCGCGGUGGUCGCAUGUUCGCUCCUACCAAGAUCUGGCACCGUUGGCAUAGGAGGGUCAACGUGAACCAGAAACGAUACGCCAUCGUUUCGGCCAUUGCUGCUUCCGCCAUCCCAUCUCUUGUUCAUGCUCACGGUCAUAGAAUCGAGUAUGUUCCUAAGUUCCCACUCGUUAUCAGUGACUCGGCUGAGAUGAUUCCUCAGUUUCUUUUUUCUUUUCUUUUUUAA